AGGGCUAUAAAGCUGUGGACUACCCUUUUAUUGUGAUGUUUUUAGCGGGCGACUGUAUGAUGUCUGGCAUACCUGGGUUUGGUGGUGAAGAAUCCUAUGAGGAGCCUCUGCCUCCUCACGACCCUGAGGAUGAACCAGAUUAUACCGAUGAAGCAGCGCCAUCUCAUGUAGACGAAUAUGAAGAAGCAGAAGAAAAAAAGGCAGAUGCUGAUAGUGAAGAUGUCAACGAAGCGUCCACUGAGGGGACUCAAAAUGAAGAUGCUGAAGGUGCUGAGGAUGACGGGGCUGGUGGUGAGGAAGAGGAAGACGACGAAGAGGAGAGUGAUGAUGAGGGGUUUGUCGUGACUAUCGGUCAAGUCAAGCAGAAUUUUUCGUUCAGCACUGCUCCGAAAACGGCUGCUGGAGGUGGCAAAUUAGAUCUGGAUGCAACACCUUCAAUUAAUGGUCAACCAAUUUACGAUCUCGAUUUGGCUUCUGUGGAAGACAGGCCGUGGAGAAAACCAGGGGCAGACAUUAAUGACUAUUUCAAUUAUGGCUUUUGUGAAGAAACCUGGAAUAUGUAUUGUGAAAGGCAAAAAAAGCUGAGGGCUGAAUAUGGAACGCAAGCUGCUGUAAAUAAGGCGUUGUUUUCAAGUAUAAAUCUUAUCAAUCCGGUCUCGCAGAUUUGCUGUUAUUUAGGCGGAAGACAGUUACAGACCAUCCCUAUUAUCGGUCAGGAGAAUAAGAACACUAUAGAUUUAUCAAGUUUUAAAGCUGUGGAGCAAGUAUCGACUUUCUUUUUUAGAUGUUGGGAGGGUUCAGGGUUUUGCUCAACUUUAGAUCUUCAGCCUGUUAUCAGAACUGUUCUUACGGCUGGGCAACAGCACCGUGCAAUAGGAACAGGUGGCACUUCCGGGACUUCUGUUUCAAACGUUGGGACACCAGAAAGUGAUAAUGGACAGCAAAUCUCCACUGCUAACUUAAACCCCCCAACCACUGUUGAAGUAGAUUUCAGUAAGCCUCCGCCACCUAUCGAAACAUCAGCACCUCCAGGAAAGAGUGUGAUAUCAAUUCCUCCACUUGGAAUUACUACCUCAUUGCCCCCUCCUUCUGUUGGCGACGGACCACCCGGUUUGACACCUCAAUUUAAUCCGUUACUGCCUCCACCAAAUUUGAGUGCUCCACCACCUGCUGUGAGGCUUGGCCUGCCAAAUACGAAUGUACCUCCUCCUUCAUACAGUGUCCCUCCUCCAGGGUUCACGCAACCACCGCCUGGUUUCCCACCUCCCAGAUUUGGGCCGCCUGGUGUAACGGGACCACCACCGAUAAGUCGCCCUCCACCAUUGAUGGGACGACCAGCGUAUCCUCCACCGGGUGUGGAAGGUCGUAGAGACUCCAGAGAAACUGAGGAGAGGGAUCGUGAAAGAGGACGAGACCGUGACAGGGAAAGAGAUAGAGAUCGCGAUUCAGGUGAUAGAAUUGAUUAGGG